AUGGCACAGUUCGAACGUAUUCUUGUUGAACUUCUAUCACAGUACUGGAAUUGGUCCAAGACCGCCAACACGGGCAUGGAGACCUCCCCUAUCUUCGACGGAAGCGAGGCAUCCAUGUCCGGAAAUGGCGAAUUCGUCCCCGACCGAGAGCCAAUCCUUCUCGGUGGCCAGAAUGGCUUGCCAAUACUCGAACUUCCUGUCGGUACAGGUGGAGGCUGCGUGACCUCUGGGCCCUUCAAGAAUACGACUGUCAAUCUCGGUCCCGCUGCUCUCGACCUGCCCGGCGGUGUUUCUGAGGCCAAUCCCAAUGGGUCCCUGACAUAUAAUCCCCGCUGCCUCAAGCGUGACCUGACGACCGCGGUUAACCUCUUGUACGCGAAUGUGACCGAUGGAUUGUCCAAUAUUCUUCAGCCUCAGAAUGUGUACUACUUCCAGAUGCAGAUGCAGGGUGUGCCAGGCUCUGGCAGCAUUGGCAUCCACGGCGGUGGUCAUUACUCACUUGGAGGAGAUCCUGGAAGAGACGUUUUCACUUCCCCGGGAGAUCCAGCUUUCUACCUGCAACAUUCGAUGAUUGAUCGAGUUUGGUGGAUAUGGCAGAUGCUGUCACCUCAAGAGCGUCAAUAUGGCGCCAUUGCUCUCAGCGGGACCAGCACAUUCUUGGAUCAGCCUCCUGGCGCCAACACAACCAUGGAUGAUUUGCUAGAGUAUGGUUGGGUUGGAGAGCCCCUCAAGAUCCGGGACGCUAUGAGCACUGUCGCAGGCCCAUUCUGCUAUGUAUACUUGUGA